AUGGACGUGGCGGCGUCAGCCGGAUGCAGGUGCGUCGGCCGCGCAUCAGCGCCCACUUGCCGGCCCGGGGGGGUUUAUAGCCACCCUGCCCCCCCGCCCCGGCGCUCUCGGCACCGCGGCAGGAUGCAGCGGGCGCUGGCGGCGUGGCUGGCCCUCGGCCUGCUGGCCGGCACGGGGGCACAGGAGAUGUGCGGGGACCCCCCAACACGCUCCAUCCCUGCCCCCCGGCUCAGCCCCGAGGAGCGGCUCUCCCCACACAUGCCCGAGGCCCUGCGCUGCGACGCCUGCCACGCCAUCGCCUUCCAGAUCGAGGAGCAGCUGCGCAGGGCGGAGGGGAAGGCGGGCAGGAAGGCGCUGAGCGAGUCCGACUACGUGGAGGUGCUGGAGAGGAGCUGCUCGCAGGGCUGGGAGAGCUAUGGGGUGCAGGAGGUGGACGGGGAGAAGCGUCUGUCGGGGCCGGGGCUGCUGAGACAGGAGUCCAUGACCGUGAUGGUGACGGGGGGACCUUGGCCGAGCAGGCUGUCCAAGAUGUGCCACGGCUACGUGGGCGAGCAGGGGGAGGCGCAGAUCUACGGGGCGCACCGGCGGGGCCCGGCCGCCCUGCGGGAGCUGCUGUGCCACGGGGAGAAGGGGGCCUGCGCCGGCGGCAAAGCCAGGGGGCCGGCUCCCCCCAAGGCCCUGCAGAACGAGCUGUAG